GCGGCGGCGGCGGCGGCGGCGGCGGCGGUGGCGGCGGGAGCAGGGGAGAGACCGCUGGGUCUCGGCCCGCACUUGGAGCGGAAUAAGUCUGGGACCUGCUGCCAUGGGGGACAUGAAGACGCCUGAUUUCGACGACCUCCUUGCUGCCUUUGACAUCCCCGACAUCGAUGCAAACGAAGCCAUCCACUCUGGGCCAGAGGAAAAUGAGGGGCCUGGAGGCUCAGGGAAGCCGGAACCCAGUGUAGGAGGUGACUCUGGAGAGGUGGUGGCGGCAUCAGCCGGGGAUGGCCCUGAAGUCCCAGCCCAGGCCUCUGACGAUGACCUGCCACCGCCAGACAUCUCAGCGGUCAGUGUCAUUGUCAAGAACACUGUGUGUCCUGAGCAGCCCGAGUCCCCAGCUGGAAGUUCUUCAGGAGGGGAGGGGGCCCGGGCUGGGGGAAUGACUAAGGAAGGGUCUGUGGGGCCUCGUCUGAUGCAAAAUGGUUUUGGGGGCCCUGAGUCAUCCCUUCCAGGUACACCCCACUCUCCAGCUCCUCCCAGUGGGGGUACCUGGAAAGAAAAAGCCAUGGAAGGCAAAGCGCCUUUGGACCUUUUUGCUCAUUUUGGGCCUGAGCCAGGGGAGCACCCUGACCCCCUCCCUUCCUCGGCACCCUCCCCACCUCAGGAAGGGGCCCUGAGCCCGCCUCCUUUCUCCUCGCCCUUUGAGCUGUCCCAGGAGAAUGGCCCCGCCUUGCUGUCACCUGGUUCUCCUCCACCACUGGGGGCCUUGAAGCGAGGCGGCCGCAGCCCCCUUCAUCCUCAGGGCCUGGCCAGGCUGGGCUCUGGCUCUAGCCCCGAGGCCACGGACAUUCCUGCCGGUGCCCCACCUGCUCAGGGUGCUGGGGCACCCUUGGUCGAGCAGUCUCCGGGGCCCCAGAGCCCUCCUGCCUCCCCCAGAGUUCUGCGCUGCGAGCCCCUGAAGGAAGAAGAGGAGGAGGGGCCGGUGGCCAAGUCUUCCCCCGGAAGCCCCCAGAGCCCCUCCAGUGGGGCUGAGGCCGCAGACGAGGACAGCAACGACUCUCCUGCCUCUGCCAGCUCCUCAAGGCCUCUCAAGGUGCGGAUCAAGACUAUUAAAACGUCCUGUGGGAGCAUUACAAGGACUGUAACCCGGGUCCCAUCAGACCCCGACCCCCCCACCCCCUUGGCCGAGGGGACCCUCCUGGCUGAGGCUGGCCUCCUGAAACUGUGCCCUGCACCCUCGACCCCCGAGGGGCCGAAGGUAGUGAGCGUCCAGCUGGGCGACGGCACAAGGCUGAAAGGCACCGUGCUGCCCGUGGCUACCAUCCAGAACGCAAGCACUGCCAUGCUGAUGGCGGCCAGCGUGGCCCGCAAAGCCGUGGUGCUGCCCGGGGCUGCGGCCACCAGCCCUAAGGCCAUGGCUAAGAACGUGCUAGGUCUGGUGCCCCAAACCCUGCCCAAGGCCGAGGGGCGGGCAGGCCUGGGGACCGGGGGCCAGAAGGUGAACGGUGCCUCGGUGGUGAUGGUGCAGCCCUCUAAGCCGGCCACCGGGCCUGGGGCCGGGGGCGGCACGGUGAUCUCACGGACUCAGUCCAGCCUGGUAGAGGCCUUCAACAAGGUCCUCAACAGCAAGAACCUGCUGCCUGCCUACCGGCCCAACCUGAGCCCGCCGGCUGAGGCCGGGCUGGCCCUGCCCCCGACGGGCUACCGCUGCCUGGAGUGUGGGGACGCCUUCUCGCUGGAGAAGAGCCUUGCGCGGCACUACGACCGCCGGAGCAUGCGCAUCGAGGUCACCUGCAACCACUGUGCCCGCCGCCUGGUCUUCUUCAACAAGUGCAGCCUGCUGCUACAUGCCCGGGAGCACAAGGACAAAGGACUCGUCAUGCAGUGCUCGCACCUGGUCAUGAGGCCCGUGGCCCUGGACCAGAUGGUGGGGCAGCCGGACAUCACGCCCCUAUUGGCCGUCCCGCCUGCCCUCGGACCCCCGGCCUUGCCCGCCUUGGCCAAGGCCGACGGGGCCAUCGCCGUAGCCAUUACCACUGUGGCGGCCGAGGCCCCCGUGCUGCCACUGUCUUCCGAGCCCCCUGCCGCCCCUGCCACCUCGGCCUACACGUGCUUUCGCUGCCUGGAGUGUAAGGAGCAGUGCCGCGACAAGGCUGGCAUGGCCGCCCACUUCCAGCAGCUCGGGCCCCCCGGCCCCGGGGCCAACAGCACAGUGUGCCCAAGCUGCCCCAUGAUGCUCCCCAACCGCUGCAGCUUCAGCGCACACCAGCGCAUGCACAAGAACCGGCCGCCCCACGUGUGCCCCGAGUGUGGGGGCAACUUCCUGCAGGCCAACUUCCAGGCCCACCUCCGAGAUGCCUGUUUGCACUUGUCCCGCCGCGUGGGAUACAGGUGCCCCAGCUGUGCAGUGGUGUUUGGGGGUGUGAACUCCAUCAAGUCCCACAUCCAGACGUCGCACUGCGAGGUUUUCCACAAGUGCCCCAUCUGCCCCAUGGCCUUCAAGUCUGCACCCAGCGCCCACGCCCACCUGUACACCCAGCACCCCAGCUUCCACUCGCAGCAGGCCAAGAUGAUCUACAAGUGCGCCAUGUGUGACACGGUCUUCACUCACAAACCCCUCCUCUCCUCACACUUCGACCAGCACCUGCUGCCUCAACGCGUCAGCGUCUUUAAGUGCCCGUCUUGUCCUCUGCUUUUUGCCCAGAAAAGGACCAUGCUGGAUCAUCUCAAGAACAGCCACCAGUCCGGGCGCCCCGGGGAGGACACUGCUGGGAAGGGGGCCGUGGGCGCCCCGACUGCCCCCAAGGCUGAGCCCGACGAGCUGGCUGUGUCUCGGGGAGGAGCAGCUGCGCCUACUGAGGAAUCAUCUUCGUCCUCAGAAGAGGAAGAACUGCCCAGCUCCCCGUCGCCCCCUCGCCCCACCAAACGGCCCCGGCGGGAACUGGGGAGCAAAGGUGUCAAGGGUGGGGGUGCGGGCCCUGGGGGCUGGACUUGCGGCCUCUGUCACUCCUGGUUCCCUGAGCGAGAUGAGUACGUGGCUCACAUGAAGAAGGAGCACGGCAAGUCAGUGAAAAAGUUCCCCUGUCGCCUGUGCGAGCGCUCCUUCUGUUCCGCCCCCAGCCUGAGGCGCCACGUCAGGGUCAAUCACGAGGGCAUCAAGCGAGUUUACCCAUGCAGGUAUUGCACAGAGGGAAAACGCACCUUCAGUAGCCGCCUGAUCCUGGAGAAACACGUCCAGGUCCGUCACGGCUUGCCGCUCGGGGCCCAGUCCCCUGGCCGAGGGAGCACCCUGGCGCGGGGCCCCGGUGCCAGAGCGCAGGGGCCAGGACGGAAGCACCGCCCGUCCUCUGACUCUUGUAGUGAGGAGCCUGACAGCACGACGCCUCCAGCCAAGUCCCCCAGGGGCGGGCCCAGCCCAGGAGGCCAUGGCCCCCUGCGCUACCGAAGCAGUGGCUCAGUGGAGCAGAGCCUCCUGGUGGGGCUGAGGGUGGACGGUGGUGCCCAGCAGUGCCUCGACUGUGGCUUGUGCUUUGCCUCCCCGGGCUCCCUGAGCCGGCACCGCUUCAUCAGCCACAAGAAGAAGCGGGCCGCGGGCAGCGCCAGUGCCCUGGGCCUGGGCGACGGGGACGAAGAGGCCCCCCCCGCCCUGAGGUCUGAUCCAGAGGGUGGAGAGUCCCCCUUGCCCGUGUCCGGAGGCCCACUGACCUGUAAGGUCUGUGGCAAGAGUUGCGACAGCCCCCUCAACCUCAAGACCCAUUUCCGCACGCACGGCAUGGCGUUCAUCAGGGCUCGGCAAGGGGGCAGCGGGGACAACUAGGCCGGGCUGGGCUGACCGGCCCUCUCCCCUCCCUUUUUGCCGGGAGCCCGGGCCGCAGCCGCUGUCUGGUCCCUGGGUGAGGCAUUUCAUUCUGAUUCACAUUUUGUUCGGCUCCUCACCCCCAGCCCUGCCCGCCCCCCCAACACAACAGGCUUUUGAGGAUUAUAGUGAUUUGCAGUCCCCUUGGGCUUGGCCCUUGGGUCCUAGUAGAGCGGGCCCUCCGUUCCUCCUGUCUGAGCCCAACACUAAUUAUCCUCCUGCUGCGGACCUUUCGCGGGAGGAGGACUAUCCUAGGCCACUGGGGCCCUCAGGAUGCUUCUCUACCCUCAAGGGCCUGGCCCUGCCCCUGCCCCACCCCGCAGAUUCCCUGCCACUUGAGCCCCUCAUCCCUGCAGUGCCUUUCACUUUUUUUUUUUUUAAACCCAGAAAUCCAGCGGGGGUUGAUGGGGACGAGUCCUGUUGGAGGGGGGGCCCAAGGGAGAGGAGCGGACAGGCUCUCAGGAAUCCUUUAUUCUUGUAGUAAUAAUAAUACUAACAGCGGGGAAACGGGAGGGAGAAAACCAGACCAUUAAAACUGCUCGUGGUUUAAUCCCCA